CUCUCGCUGAAAGUCAAUUUAAUACUUCUCUCUCUCUCUCGAUAUUUGUUUUGUAUUAUAUCCUUUUCUCACUCUUCAAAAAGAUUAGAACAGAACAGAGCAACACAACCCUUGUUCUCAAUUACUUCAUUUUUGCGGCACCCAUUCUUUCUUUCUCUUUCAUUCACCAAUUUUUCAUGGAUUCAUGACUCCAAUCUCUAUUCCUCCUCAAAUGGGUUUUGCUCUUUAACCUUAAAGCUUCCACCUUUAUUCAAAUCUUGCUUUCUUGUUGCUUAUACUCACUAAAAUGGCUGCUUCUGUUCAAUUGGAGAUUUGGGUGCUUUUGAUUCUUGUUUUGGUCUCUAUUCAAGAUCCAGUUCUUGUGGUCUCACAGAAUCUGACAUGCAACUCAGAUGAUCUUACAGGAUUAAGAGGCUUCAUGAGUGGAUUAGAAGCACCGAUUGAUGGCUGGUUGUUUGCAAAUUCAUCUUCUUCUAAUAAUUGUUGCAAAUGGGUAGGUGUGAUUUGUGAUUCUUCUUCAGGUAGGAUUGUUGGAUUACAACUACCCAAUAAAAGAUUAUCCGGUGAUUUCUCGCAUUCCAUUUUCAAUUUAGUUCAUCUCAAAACCCUUAAUCUUUCACAUAAUUAUCUCAAAGGGUCUGUUCCAGUUUCACUUUUUCAUCUUCCUCAUCUGGAAGUAGUAAAUUUGAGUAGUAAUCAUUUUAGUGGCGAGUUACCUGUUGGUAUUGAUCUGCCUGCACUUCAAGUAUUUGACAUUUCUGAUAAUCUUUUUAAUGGUUCACUUCCUUCUGGUUUGUGUGUUAACUCCACCCGAAUUCGUGAUCUUAGAUUCGCUGUUAAUUACUUCACCGGAAUUAUCCCCCCUCAGUUUAGGGAUUGUAGGUUUCUUGAACACUUGUGUUUGGCUUCCAAUUAUCUUUCGGGCGAUAUACCCGAAUUCUUGUUUAGGUUACCUAGAUUGAGGGAAUUAGCUCUUCAGGAUAACCGGUUCACUGCGAUCAAUGUAAUCGGUAGUUUCUCUAGUCGUUUGGUUCGUUUGGAUGUUUCGUCCAACCGGCUCUCAGGGAACAUACCUGAUUUCUUUCGUGACUUUCCGAAGUUAAGUUAUUUCUCGGCUCAUUCGAAUUAUCUGUCCGGUGUGAUGCCUUCGUCGUUGUUGAAUUCGCCGACUAUUUCUUCGCUCAACUUGAGAAACAAUUCUUUAGAUGGUUUGAUUGAUUUCAACUGUUCGGCGAUGGUUAGUUUGACUUCGGUUGAUCUGGGUACGAAUAACUUUUCGGGUACAUUACCAGCUGAUCUUGUUUCUUGCAGAAAGUUAAAAGGUUUAAAUCUUGCAAGAAACAAAUUCGUAGGCGAAAUACCAGAAAGUUUCAAGAAUUUUGAUUCGCUUGCGUACCUUUCGGUUUCAAAUUGCAGCUUCAAUAACCUCUCGUCGUCUCUUAAAAUCCUCCAGCACUGCCGGAAUCUAACUGUUUUGAUUCUUACGAUGAACUUUUACGGUGAGCAAUUGCCGUAUGAUGAUGAUCUACAGUUUAAGUCACUCAAAGCUCUCGUGAUCGCGAACUGCAGGCUCACGGGUAGUAUUCCGCUGUGGGUAAACGGUUUAACGCGACUGCAGUUGUUGGAUUUGUCAUGGAACGAUUUAACCGGAACAAUUCCGACGUUUUUGGGCGAAUUCAAGUCUCUGUUUUACUUGGAUUUAUCCAACAAUUCAUUGUCAGGAGAGAUACCGAAAAGUCUGACAGAGCUACCGAGCCUGAUUUCGCGUGAUAUCUCGUUGGAAGAACCCGCUCCGGAUUUCCCGUUCUUCAAGAAGCGUAACACGACCGGCAGAGGGUUGCAGUAUCGGCAGAUCAUGAGCUUCCCGCCGUCGAUCGACCUUAAUACGAAUAACCUCACUGGACCGAUCUGGCCGGAGUUUGGUGAUUUGAAAAAGCUACAUGUUUUGGAUCUGAGACAUAACAAUUUAUCCGGUACGAUUCCCAGUUCAUUAUCUGGUAUGAGAAGCGUAGAGACGUUGGAUUUGUCGUAUAAUAAUCUAACCGGAACAAUCCCUCCGUCUUUGGUGAAACUAAGUUUUUUAUCGAAAUUUAGUGUUGCAUACAAUAAUCUGAGCGGGUCGGUCCCUUCCGGUGGUCAAUUCACGACGUUUACAAACGCGAGUUAUGAAGGAAACCGAGGUUUAUGUGGUGAAGGGCGCGCGAUAUACACGUGUGAAAGUAAAACAAUCCCCGAGUCAACAGGCGGGAGACCGAAGAAAAAGAUUGGGAAAGUUGUCGGAAUGGCUGUCGGGAUUUGUUUCGGGACAUUAUUUCUUGUUGGUCUAAUGUUCAUGGUGGUUGUUCGUGCAACCGGAAGACAAGAAGUCGAUCCUGAAAUAGAAGACCGUUUCGAUGAUGAUGAUUACAGCAAGAAAAACGAUGAAUACGAGUCACAGUUAGUACUUUUCCACAGCAACAGCGAAUAUCUAUCGAUAGAUGACGUUUUGAAAUCGACCAACUGUUUUGAUCAAUCAAACAUUAUCGGGUGUGGCGGUUUUGGUCUUGUGUUCAAAGCUACAUUACCCAAUAACCAAAAAGUUGCCAUCAAAAAGCUAUCGGGCGAUUGUGGUCAAGUUGACCGUGAAUUUCAAGCCGAGGUCGAAACGUUAUCAAGAGCUCAGCAUCCCAACUUAGUCCUCCUUCAAGGGUAUUGCAAAUACAAAAAGGAAAGACUACUUAUAUACUCGUUUAUGGAAAACGGUAGCCUAGACUACUGGCUACAUGAAAAACCAGACGGGCGGUCCAGACUUGACUGGACCACCCGUCUGCGUAUAGCUCAAGGAGCGAUCCGAGGUCUAGCUUACUUGCACCAAUCUUGCGAGCCACACAUUUUACAUCGUGAUAUCAAAUCAAGCAAUAUUCUUCUAGACGAGAAUUUCGAAGCCCAUUUAGCCGAUUUUGGUCUUGCAAGACUUAUUUUACCGUACGACACUCAUGUGACGACCGAUCUUGUUGGCACAUUAGGGUACAUUCCUCCCGAAUACGGUCAAGCUUCGGUUGCAUCAUACAAAGGGGACGUUUACAGUUUUGGGGUCGUUCUUUUAGAGCUUUUAACCGGCAGGAGACCAAUGGAUAUGUGCAAACCGAAAGGAGGUAGAGAGUUAAUUUCAUGGGUGAUGCAAAUGAAGACCGAAAAAAGGGAAAACGAGGUUAUGGAUUCUUGCAUUUUUAACAAAGAACAAGCUAGUGAGAUGCUAAAGGUUCUCGAGCUCGCGUGCGCUUGUUUAAACGAGUCUCCAAAGUUACGCCCUUCGACUCAAGAGCUACUUUCGUCGCUCGACAACAUUGGUCUCCAAAUGCCGUAACGAUUUCUUAAUUUUUUUUAUUUUUUUUAAUUUUUUUUGGUAGUGGCUGUGUAAAUAGGUUACUUGUGCUACAAGAAACAAAAAAAAAAAAAAAAAAUCUUGGAAGUGAAUACAUUUGAGUUUCAAGAUCCUAAAUUUAGUUUUGUUUAGAUUAUUAUUAUUAUUA